AUAUCGGCUACUGUUAAGUUAUGGGGUUGUGACAGAAAGAUAAACUAAUUGCCAGUGGGUUUUUUUCUCUUAAUAUUAAAGCUUUCGCACAAAACGGCAAGCUUUCGCGAACCUAGUAGAGCAUAACAUUUUUAUGACGGUACCUAUACAAUCCUCUGGUGAAAACCUCUUUCUUACAGUUUCAUGUUCAGUAUCAACCCAUCACCUGGAAUGCAUUUGUGCGACCCGUAAUCCACUGCUAAAAAGACAAAGGCGGGGCAAUGCUCUUUCAUCUUUGUUUCAUAUGUGACAUCAUACUUGGGAAAAAGAAAGCGAAAAUGGGAAUAGUGGCAGGAAACGGGGAUGUGCUUUCACAGAGAGAAGCAACACAGUAAGUGAGCUGACACGGAGAAGAGCAAUAGCGACGUCUGUCUGUCACCCUACCAAGCUGAUAUUUGUGACAAAGACGACAAUAGCAGUAGAAAGAUGAACAGAAGCACACCUCAGAGGAGAUUAUCCUCCAGGAGACAGAGCUCAGUUCCAUCCACACCCUCUGGAGAGCACCAGACAACUCCAUCACGGGCCCUCAGAAGGACCCCAUCCACCCCCAUUGACCUCCAACCUAGCCUGGGCAGAGAGGCAGAGGAGGGUGGGUUUCUGGAUGGAGAUGGAGGUAGCCCUAUAGAGGACUCUCAGACUGGGGCAUUGCUGGGUCAGGAUGAUGGAAAUGCCAGUAUCCCAGCCACACCCACCUCACACCUCCCUAGGCAGAGACCACACCUGGCAGCCGAGAAACCCAAACCAGGGGACGAGCUGGCCCCUAUCUCCCCAGAGCUGGCCCGCUGGAUCAGGCUUCGGGCCCAGGACCUCAAGCUCCGCCAGAGUGACCGCCAGUGGGCCGUGGACCUGGUCAACCAUCUCCGGGAAAGCCUGCUGGUCUUCCUCAAGAGCAGUGACGAGCAGCCCUACUUCCAGUCAGCCUCUGUGCUGAGCAGUGGUUCAUACUACGAGAUGGUCAAGAUACUCAACCCAAAUGAGUUUGACAUGAUGCUGAAGCUCCAGUCUCCUUCCCGCCUCAAAAUGACUGAGCUGGACCAAUACCACGGCCUCUUCUACGAAGUCGCCCUAUCCCGACCAACCCGUUCCCACAUACGGUCUUUCCUUUUGGACGAUGGGCUCACCAUCUCAGCCAGCAAGAUCAUAAGUGAAAUGCACCGUCUGGUCCGCAAGUUCAUCAGCACCUACAGAGUGCCUGGAAAUAGCUGGCAUUGGGUUGUGAAUAGGAAGCGUCCAAACUCACCAGCGGUGACCCUUUCCCUGUUGGAAGUGGAUAAUGAAAAACAGGAACUACUUUCUGUGGAUGUGGUGCCCGCCCUGGAAGUGCCCUCCUCACAGGGCUGGCCUCUGGCUGCCCGCGCCGGCCCAGAUGUGGACAACUGGCUGGGGAAGAAGACCCGGCGCUCUCUCACCCACCAAACUUGCUUCUUUGUGCCCAAGAAACCACCGGGACGAAACCUUAGUGAGGCAGCUAAAGAGAGUUGGAGGAUUUCCUUUUCUCACAUAGAAAAGGAACUGAUCAAGACUCAUGGGAACAAGAGGACCUGCUGUGAGAGCUCUGCCACCAAGUGUUGCCGUAAGCAGUGCUUCAAGCUCCUUAAGUGCCUGAUCGAGGGACUGAAGCAACGCUACCCUCAGGAGCUGGAUGCUCUGUGCUCCUACCACGGGAAGACAGCCUUCCUACACACCCUCUCCAUCAGGGCCCAGGACUCCCUCUGGACGCCUCGUCAGCUGCCUGCCUGCUUCAUGUACCUCCUAAGGGCCCUGGAGGGCCACGCAAGCAGUGGUCUGCUCCCCCACUUCUUUGUCCCCACCUCCAACCUCUUCGCCCCACCAACCUUCCCGCGCAAAGCUUUGGUGUUUCUGAUUGAGGCUCUGGAGGAGCAGAGGAGACAGUGGCUUCCCCUUUUAAUGCCCCCGGCUCCUGCCCCACCACUGGCAGUACACUCCCACAGUGACUCCCAGCCCCAGCUUUCCCCUGUUGUACAGCAGACUCCUGUUAUCCAGUAUCCUGUCAUCCUGCCACCCCAAGUUGUUGAUAUGAAAUCCUUUGCGCAAAUAUUCAAAAUUGUGGCUUUUGUUGUGGCUCUUAUCUAUGUUUUUUACCUCCUGUAGAGGUGUCUGUCCUGCCCAUCGGUGGUAGGAAGGUGGCAGAGACAGUCUAUCUACAGCAGAUGGUGGUAAAACGACAUGCAGCUGUAGAAAAUGGUACGCCAUUUUGAAACAGUAUAACAUAGGAUAGGAUUCCAGAUUUGUAUUUCUCUCUAAAUCAUGUCUUUGCUCUAGACAAACACAAUGAAACAUUUAGCCCAAAAGUUAAAGAAAUUGUAUUUGUAUAUACAGUGCAUUCGGGAAGUAUUCAGACCCCUUCCCUUUUUCCACAUUUUGUUAUGUUGCAGCCUUAUUCUAAACUGUUCCUGAAUAGUCUGAAUACUUUCCGAAUGCACUGACAAUUAUGCAAAUUACCAAGAAUAUAGUAGCUACGCAAUGUAUUGUUAACUACUUCUGUUCACUACUCCAAUGUACACUUACAGUAGUGCAUACAUUUUCAUACGUUCUUCAUACUUGUACUUCACGACAAACAUUUAAAUAAACAUUAUUAUGUAUCACUUGUCCUGCAUGUAUGAUCUUAUAUUUUCUAAUAUGGUGUGUGUAAAUUAAAUCCUUGUUCCUUG